GAAAGAAAAUUAAGAAAUGGAGGAGAAAAUAAAAGUAAGCUCGUGGAUUUAAUAAUUGUAAAGGGAAAAAUAGAAGCAAGAAGGGCCACGUUGAUUUGUUUAUCAGUUGUGCCAUUUUCUGCUCAUUUUGGUCUUCAGUUUUUCCUCCAAAACUCCGCCUCUCUCCUACAUUUCCGCCGUUUCCUUGGUCGGUGUUCGAUAAAAGGUUGAUGAGAAUACUCGAAAUGCCUUGCUGAGAAUAAAGAUCGGUGUGGCCUAGAAAUAUGGAUUUUGCUUGUAGUUUUAACCGUCCUACUACUAUCUUUCAUGGUGGAGAAGGUACUAAAUAUAGGAUACUGAAUCCAUUAGGUCCUAGGUUUAAAUGUACAAAUCUAAGUUACAAUGUUCUUAGUCCCAAGACUGGAUGGAAGGCUUGGUCCCCGAAGAAAAUGAGGAAAAAUAUGGCAUAUGGUGGUUGUUUAAGUUCGAAUUUGGUUUUCAGGGGGAAACUCAAUAGUCAUUUAUGCAGUACAUCUAGUACAUCUUUGUUUAACAGUUUGCAUGAGGUGUCAAAACUAAGAGGAGUUAGGUCUCAUUGUCAAGGUAAUGAUUCGAUAGCUUAUGCUGAUGGGAAUGGUCGGAAUGUGGAAUUUGCAGAGAGUAGUGAUGGAAGUUCUGGUGGUACUGUAUCAAGCAGUUCUGGAGAAGAGAGAAACAGUGAAGUAGAAACACCUAGUCUGGAUGAGUUGAGGGAGUUGUUGCAGAAGGCAAUGAAGGAACUGGAAGUGGCACGCCUUAACAGUAGGAUGUUUGAGGAAAGGGCUCAAAAAACAUCAGAAGCUGCUAUAGCUUCGAAGGAUGAAGCAGCCAAUGCUUGGAAUGAUGUUAACAGCACGAUUAAUAUGAUUCAAGAUAUUGUGAAUGACGAGUGCAUUGCUAAGGAGGCUGUUCAAAAAGCAACAAUGGUGCUAUCAUUAGCUGAGGCAAGGCUUCAGGUGACAGCAGACAGUUCUGGGGAGAGUGAUGUGGAAAUUGAUGUUAGGGAAGAUAAUGGAAUACCAGUGGCUGCACAAUAUGAGAUCAAAGAAUGUCUGGAGAAAUUGGCAAAUUGUGAAGCAGAGUUAAGGCACUUGCAGAGUAAAAAGGAGGAGUUGCAGAAAGAAGUGGAUAGAUCGAAUGCUGUUGCGGAGAAAGCACAGAUGGAUGCUUUGAAAGCCGAGGAAGAUGUGGCAAACAUCAUGCUUUUAGCUGAACAAGCAGUUGCUUUUGAGUUGGAGGCUACACAGCGUGUGAACGAUGCAGAGAUAGCUCUGCAAAGAGCUCAAAAGUCCCUUUCUAAUUUGACUAUUGACACUGCUGAAGCUGCCCAGGGGCAGGUUUUGGGUGAAGAGACAAUUGUCGAGGAAGAGAUUGGUCCAGGGGGUCCUAGUGAUGUUUUUGUUGAAAGAGAAAGGGAUGCUUUGGUUAAUGGUAAUAGUACAUUGGUUGCUGAGCCUACAGAUGAUCCAAGUGAUCAUGAGAAUGGAAUGCUGGGUUCAGAUUCUCUAAAAGAAGCUGAAAUUGAAGCAGAAAAGUCAAAAAGUGUUAAACCAAAGAAGUCAGAAUCUCAGAAGGAGCUGACAAGGGAGACUUCACCCCCUAAUUCCUCAAAGUCACUGUUGAAGAAAUCUUCACGUUUCUUCCCUGCAUCUUUCUUUUCCUUCACUGAUGAUGGGACAGAGUUCACCCCAUCAUCAGUUGCCCAGAGUCUUUUGGAGUCUGCGAGGAAACAUAUUCCGAAAUUGGUUGUAGGAGUACUGCUCUUGGGAGCUGGGGUUGCCUUCUAUGCUAAUCAGGCAGAGAGGAGAGCUAGGCUGAUGCAGCAUCCAGAUGUCAUAACCACUAGUAUAGAAGACGUUUCUACAGAUGCAAAGCCUCUGAUCCGACAAAUACAGAAAAUUCCUAAAAGACUAAAAGAACUAGUUGCGUUGCUUCCACAUCAGGAGAUGAAUGAGGAGGAGGCCUCCCUCUUUGAUGUGCUGUGGUUACUUCUUGCAAGUGUAAUUUUUGUGCCUAUAUUUCAGAAAAUUCCUGGAGGCAGCCCUGUUCUUGGAUAUUUGGCUGCUGGCAUCUUGAUUGGACCUUAUGGUCUUUCCAUAAUCCGUCAUGUGCAUGGGACCAAAGCAAUUGCUGAAUUUGGAGUUGUUUUCUUGCUAUUCAAUAUCGGCCUUGAGUUAUCUGUUGAAAGAUUAAGUUCCAUGAAGAAAUAUGUUUUUGGAUUAGGCUCUGCCCAGGUCCUUGUGACAGCAGUUGUGGUUGGUCUGGUUUCUCAUUUUGUUGCUGGGCAGGCUGGUCCAGCUGCAAUUGUGAUCGGGAACGGCCUGGCAUUAUCUUCAACUGCUGUUGUCUUGCAGGUUUUACAGGAGCGAGGUGAGAGUACUUCGCGCCAUGGACGUGCUACAUUUUCAGUCCUACUUUUUCAGGAUUUGGCUGUUGUUGUUUUGCUUAUACUCAUUCCUCUUAUCUCACCAAAUUCAUCAAAAGGAGGGGUUGGUUUUAGAGCCAUUGCAGAAGCUCUUGGACAUUCAUUUUACCCACAAUUUUCUGAAUUCACUAAGAUUAUUGAUACCUUUUGUUCUUUCUUGCAGUUACUCCGACCGAUCUAUAAGCAAAUAGCAGAAAAUCAAAAUGCAGAAAUAUUCUCAGCCAAUACCCUCCUUGUUAUUCUUGGGACAAGUCUGCUUACUGCUAGGGCUGGACUUUCCAUGGCAUUGGGAGCAUUUCUAGCUGGUUUGCUUCUUGCAGAGACUGAAUUCUCUUUGCAGGUUGAAUCAGAUAUUGCUCCAUAUCGUGGCCUCUUAUUGGGUCUCUUCUUCAUGACGGUUGGCAUGUCCAUUGACCCGAAGCUUCUUUUAUCAAAUUUUCCUGUCAUUGCGGGGACAUUAGCACUCUUACUUGGUGGCAAGACUGUAUUGGUGGCAGUUGUUGGGAAACUUUUUGGCAUUUCAAUUAUUUCUGCCAUAAGGGUUGGUCUUCUUCUGGCUCCAGGUGGAGAAUUUGCAUUUGUAGCUUUCGGUGAAGCUGUUAAUCAGGGAAUAAUGUCUUCUCAGCUAUCCUCAUUGUUGUUCCUUGUUGUGGGGAUUUCAAUGGCCCUCACACCUUGGCUUGCUGCCGGAGGCCAAUUAAUUGCCUCACGUUUUGAGCUGCAGGAUGUUCGAAGUUUAUUGCCUGUUGAGAGUGAGACUGAUGAUUUGCAAGAUCACAUUAUUAUUUGUGGCUUUGGACGUGUUGGCCAGAUCAUAGCUCAGCUUCUCUCAGAACGCCUAAUUCCAUUUGUUGCUCUUGAUGUGAGGAGUGAUAGGGUAGCAAUGGGGCGUGCCCUGGACAUUCCUGUUUAUUUUGGAGAUGCUGGUAGUCGAGAGGUCCUUCAUAAAGUUGGUGCUGCAAGAGCAUGUGCUGCAGCAAUAACGUUGGAUACUCCCGGUGCCAAUUAUAGAACUGUUUGGGCUCUGAACAAGUAUUUCCCUAACGUUAAAACAUUUGUCCGUGCUCAUGAUGUUGAUCAUGGCCUUAAUUUGGAAAAAGCUGGGGCUACGGCUGUUGUGCCAGAAACCUUGGAACCAAGUCUACAGUUGGCAGCUGCUGUUCUUGCACAGGCUAAACUGCCCACAUCUGAGAUUGCAGCAACAAUCAAUGAAUUCAGGUCCCGCCAUCUUGCGGAGCUAACAGAGCUAUGCCAAGCCAGCGGAAGUUCUCUUGGUUAUGGAUUUUCUCGAGUCACGAGUAAAUCCAAAACGCAACCGCCAGAUUCUUCGGAUGAAAACCUUACCGAAGGAACUUUGGUAAUAUGAAAAGUUCCCAGUGUUAACCCCCACCCCUCACAAGGGGUAAUAAAAAAACUGUA